UCUCAAGGCCAUUCGGCGACGGCGAGUGAUAAUCGCGGAAAUCACACGUCUGAGUGCUCUAGAAGAAGCGUGUCCGUCUCGAAACAACGGUCUAAAAAUGUCUUCCAAGCCCAUCCUGUAUUCGUACUUCAGAAGUUCCUGUGCAUACCGUGUGCGCAUUGCUCUGGCACUGAAAAAUAUCGACUAUGAAUACCGUGCUGUUAGCCUUAUCAAGGAUGGCGGUGAGCAACACUCUUCAGAGUUCAAGAAGUUGAACCCCAUGUCGCAAGUACCCGUCCUUGUGGUUGACGGGCAGACACUAUCUCAGUCGCUAGCAAUCAUUGAGUAUCUGGAGGAGAAAUACCCAGGGACAAGUCUCCUCCCGAAGGACCCCAUCCUACGAGCAAAGGCCCGCAGUCUUGCACACCUGGUUGCCUCCGGUAUCCAGCCGCUGCAGAACCUGAACGUCCUCCAGCGGUUAGACGAGACCAAGAGGAACGAAUGGUGCGUCCACUUUAUCAGCAAAGGAUUUCAAGCACUGGAAGAGAUGCUGAUGAAAACAGCUGGCAGAUACUGCGUAGGGGAUGAAGUCAGCGUAGCUGACGCCUGUCUGGUACCCCAGGUCUACAAUGCAAACAGGUUCAAGGUGGACAUGAGCGCAUUCCCUAACAUUGUGCGCAUCAACGCUGCGCUCGUAGAGCUUCCGGCAUUCAAGGCGGCACAUCCGUCUUGUCAGCCCGACACUCCACCGGCACAUCCGUCUUGUCGGCCCGACAGUCCACCGGGGCUUGCUUGAGGUCUUAAGUGCAUGGUUACAAAAACUACGGCGUUGUUCGUGUUUUCCGUGCUGCAUUGCAAUACAUUUGUAUCGAAAAUA